AUGUCUUCCCUAUCAACAUCUGAUCUGGCCUCUCUUGAUGACACUUCCAAAAGGGAAAUUGCCACUUUCUUGGAGGGUGAGAACUCCAAACAAAAAGUUCAAAUGUCAAUCCAUCAAUUUACUAAUAUAUGCUUUAAAAAAUGCGUUGAGUCUGUCAACGAUCCUAAUUUAAGUUCACAAGAAGAGCAAUGUUUGUCUAACUGUGUGAAUCGGUUUUUGGAUACUAAUAUCAGGAUCGUGAAUGGGCUACAAAACACCCGUUAA